AUGAUUCUCCUUUACAUUGUCCAAUUAUGGUUAACAGUUACUUCACAAAUCCUACCAGACAAUUAUCGAUUAGAUAAACGAGUUGAAAAUGAGGUGAUUGGAACACCGGAUGUACAAUGUAAUGAGGACGCAAUCACAUUUUCAGUACGGACGUCAGCACCUUUUAGAGGGAAUAUCUACGUAAAAGGUCAUUAUGGAAUUGAAAUGUGCCGUCAAGAGUACUACGGUAACGAUUUUGCUGGAGCAACAUUUGUAGUUCGUAUUGGUGACUGUGGAAUGAGAAGAAUCCGACAGUUACAACCACAUGGUAUGAACUAUGUGCUGACGUUUGUCACGAAUUUUCAUCCACAUUUUAUGACCAAGGUGGAUCGUGCCUACAAUGUUCGAUGCUUCUAUGCAUAUAUUGAUAAGACCGUGAAUACGGACAUGGAAGUGAGUAACCUUCCAUCCGAAUCACUGGAACAACAAACAACUUUAAUGCCGGAAUGUGAGUAUUCGAUUCGUGAAGGUGCGCCGGAUGGGACACGAGUCAGAACGUCCACCAUUGGCGCAAAUCUCGUACAUCGAUGGGAUUGCCGAACAAGCACUCGAUACGGGAUGUUGGUGCGAAACUGUAACGCCAUAGAUAGUACGGGACUAUCCAUACCGAUAAUUGAUGAGAGAGGCUGCCCCGAAUCGCUACCCGUUCAACUUCGACCAAUCGUCUACGAUCCGUCCCUCUCAUCUGCGUACAUGAUUGUGGAGGCGUUUGUGUUUCCGGACCGUAGUAACGUACAAUUUCAAUGUCAGGUGCAGAUAUGCGAUCGAAGAGACAAUGAAUGCCUUGGGAUUACGCCACCAAAUUGUCCGCUCAUACCUCGCAGUGAGUUCUUGCCGAAUUCCGUCGUCGAUCCAUCUGUUAAUCCAACGCAGGUGAUUGCCACGUUCGAGGGCACCCUUCGAUCAUCAAUGGGCAGUGCCGUGCUGGACGGGACCCUUCAGCCACCCGUGUACACACCUGAAUUCGAAGCAGGGAUCCCGUGGCGAAAAGAGCAGGACGGUAUGAGUGAAGAUAACAAUGACACAGAGACAGCACAACAGACAACCAGCGUACCAACGACGGCAGAGACGCAGAGUGUUGAAGCACGGCAUACAACUCUAAAAAUGCUCACAACUGAACCGCCACCAGAACAAUCAACUAUCGACUGGGUCGGAACCACCGAGACAAACGAGCUUUUCUGGAAAGUUCCCGAAAUAAGCCACGAUCAUCCGCUGGAGAUUUUCGUAAAAAGCACCAGCGCAGCUCCGAUCAUUCGACCAGCAUCUGAACGAUCUGGUAGACGUCUCGCUGAUCAAAUUAUUGAUGUAAUGACUGAGGAGCUGACGCUACGACCUGUGGAUGAUCCCUCAACAGCUGAAGCUGUACACGCCUCUGCAAUGCCGCCAACAUCUCAGCUCACGUGUUUAAAUCAAACAGCUCUAUUCGCCUCAUGCACCGCUUUUGCGACAUUGACAGUGUUGUGCAUGGUGUUGUUCGCGUUCAUUUUCCGCGAUAUAUGUCGGGGGAUGAAACGGUCGUCAAGUCAACUAGAACGUUUGACAAUUACAUCGCUACGCUCUGGCUGUAGCUCGGAGUCCGGCGACAGCGUAGGCAUCGAUCGACGGAGUGAUCUGCCGAUCUACGCUCGACGACUCGGUGAUCCUAGCUAUAAUAUGAUGACAGCAGGGAAUUACUAG